UGUGAAAUGCCCUGCUUACUUGGAUUGUUAACGGAGACGUGAAUUUGGAAAAUAAUUACAAAAUCCUAAAACAGUUAUUAAUUUGUUACCUCAAUUUGGCGCCCAAUUCUAGGGUUUCAUUCGCGCGUAGUUCCUAUUUGUUGCCCGCGUGUCCGCGUGCAACCCGCGCCAGGCGGAAAGGUUCUUUUGGUGUAAGGUUUCGGUUCCCGGAAUGUUUUAAAAGCGAUUAAUAACUCAAUUUCCCGGUAUUGCUCGUGCGCACCUAGGUGGGUUUGGCCGGCAUCCAGAGGAAGCUUGCAGUUCUUUGAAUGGUGAAACGGGGCCACCUUCCGUGAUAGAAGCCAUGAAUAACGUGAACGUGAUUUUUAAUGUGUCGAAAAAUGAACUCUUCAAGCUACCGGACAACUAUAAGACACUGCACCGGAAGCUCAAAGUUAGCUAUAGAGUCGAAAGCAAUAAAAACGACAUUACGCCAGAGAUUUUGAAGGGAGCCACAGUGUUUGUUCUGGCAGGUCCUCAGGAAAAGUUUACCGAAACGGAGUUUCAAUAUCUAAAGGAUUACAUAUCUGAGGGUGGACGUCUACUGCUUCUGUUAGGUGAAGGAGGAGAAAUAAAUUUUAAUACUAAUGUGAAUUUCCUUCUUGAAGACUAUGGAAUGACAAUCAACAGUGAUGCAGUUGUUCGGCCACAGUACUAUAAAUAUUUCCACCCAAAAGAGGCCCUAAUCAGCGGAGGUAUUGCCAGCGAUGCCAUGAACAAUUCCCUACUAGAAUUUAGCAAAAGCAUUCUGACUGCGUUCGAUUUUAUGGAUGACAAGUACAAAGUAGAAUUCGUUUACCCUUUUGGGGCCACUAUGAAUGUCAUUCAACCGUCGAACGUCCUAUUGACUACGGGACCUGUGGUGUAUCCCUUCAAUCGCCCUCUGGCAGGAUACUAUCAGAAUGAAACCAAUGGCAAAUUAAUAGCCAUCGGAUCCGGUCACAUGUUCCAGGAUAAGUACAUUUCCAACGAAAUCAACACGGCCAUCUGGGACAGCAUCUUCGGCAUGAUCCUCGAAGAUAACUUCAAGUUCAAAUCAUCGGAUUUCAACGACCUGGAGGUUGGUAUGACACCAGCCAAUCACGACAUAAUAAUUCACUCACGCCCGCCCCAUCCCAUCCCACAGAUUAAUGACUACGCAAUCAUCCCCGAUACGAUCUAUCUGGCCGAGCAGCCGAAGAUCUGUCUGAUGGAUUCGCUCGACUACGACAUCCCGGCUGACUUCAAGAAGCUAUUCGAUAUGGGCCUGUACUCGAUCAACAACGAUUUGCUGCGCGAUGUUAUCAAUACCUAUGAAAAGUUGGACGUGCAAUAUGAACCGCUCAAGAUCAUCAAGCCGCAGUUCGAGAUCCCAUUACCGCCGUUGCAGCUUGCGGUUUUCCAGCCGAUAUUCAGCGAUCUGUCGGCGCCACCGUUGGAGCUGUUUGAUCUGGAUGAGGCCUUCAGCUCGGAGAAAGCCCAAAUCACGCAGCUCACCAAUAAGUGCCUCUCGCCGGCGCUGGAGGGCGGCAAUCGGAGAGCGUUGGACGAGAAGGAGCUCGGCUAUUUCAUACAGGAGUGUGGGCGUAUCCUGAAGGUUUGCCAGGACGAUCAACGCAUGACGGCCAAGGAGAUUUUGAAUUCGAUCAGCGUGAAGGUGGCGCACUAUAAGAAACUUGAUAAGGAGUGAAGUGCGUGAAAAUAAAUAGUUGGUCAUACCAACACUAGUUACUUAUACAACGAAUUGCAUAAAGAUGAUUUUUUAGCACGA